GGAUCAAUUUAUCAAUAGAAAAGAUUCUUUUAUUAUUGAUAUCAUUUCAUUAAUCCUAUAAAAACUUAGAAUAGAUCAUUGAUUAGGUCAUGUUAAGCUUAAAAGUCAAGUGAGAAUUUUGUACCCUUUAAAUACCACAAACUAAUCAUGGUUUAAUACAAACCUGUAGUUAAUCAAGUCCAAGUUUUAACGAUGGGUUAUUGUAACAUAUUAUGGAGCUCUGGAUCCGUACUAUGGGGUUAGUAGUUUGAGAAUAUAGAAGGUUGGAUGUGGGCCUUACGCCCUAAGGCUGGAUAUAGUCAGUAAUGAAGAAGCAAAAUGUUCGCACUCUAUCGUUAAUUGUGUGCACAUUUACUUAUCUACUGGUCGGUGCCGCUGUUUUUGAUGCACUCGAGUCUACAACUGAGAAAAAUAGAUUUGAAGUACUACAAGCAAUCGAAGGUAUGAUAAUAAGGAAAUACAAUAUAACCGAAGAGGAUUUUCGCGUGAUGGAGACGGUGGUCCUCAAGUCUGAACCGCAUAAAGCUGGCCAACAGUGGAAAUUCACUGGAGCGUUCUAUUAUGCCACAACUGUGCUUACUACUAUUGGUUAUGGACACUCAACACCAGCGACGAUUGGUGGCAAAUUAUUCACAAUGUUCUAUGCGAUAGUGGGGAUACCACUUGGUCUGAUCAUGUUCCAGAGUAUCGGUGAACGGGUUAAUAGACUUAGCAGUGUAAUAAUAAAGUCGAUCAAGCGUGCCAUGAACUGCAAGCAGACGAGCGCGUCGGAGGUGGAUCUGAUCUGCGUGGUGACGACACUGUCGUCGCUGACCAUCGCGGGCGGGGCGGCGGCCUUCUCCAAGUUCGAGGGAUGGAGUUACUUCGACAGUGUCUACUACUGUUUCAUCACUUUGACCACAAUAGGUUUUGGAGAUAUGGUAGCGUUACAGAAGGACAAUGCACUCAACCGGAAGCCGUCAUAUGUGAUGUUCGCGCUGAUCUUCAUAUUGUUCGGCCUCGCCAUUGUGGCCGCUUGUCUCAACUUGUUGGUUUUGCGUUUUGUCACGAUGAAUACUGAAGACGAGAAGAGGGAUCAGCAGCAGGCUGAACAAGCUCAACAAGUUGCGGUUAGGUUAGAAGGAGACGUGAUAACAGCAGACGGUGCGGUUCUACGCGGAGUGGCUCGGGGGACGCGACUGCCAGCGCCUUCGAGACUCGUCAGACCUGGUGACACGUCAAUGAUUCCGUUAUACGUAGACGAAGAUUAUCCUCCGAGUGUGUGCAGUUGUUCGUGUAGCUGUUUUGGACCAAACAAAUCAAUACCUUACCGUGAUCCUCUGUCGCCUGUACCACCCACAAACAUAAAGCAGAUUAAAGCGAAAAACUAUCGCGAACUCGGUAACAUACCGCGUUAUAUUGAGAAAUCAUCAUCCAAGAAUCGUUCCCAGUCACUCCGCCUAAACUCCGCCUCCGGUUACUUAUAUAUGAACGCUAAAACCAACGACUUCCAACUCGAUCCCGAAGAUUUUCGCGAAAUGGUCGCGAAGAGACGCGAACAGUUACGCAAAGGGAUGGCCAGCUACGAAAUAACUAACGAACAAUAUUUAAACCCUUAUAGGAACAGCUUCAAUCGAACAGAGACGAGUCCACACAGCUCAUCCCUAUACUCGAUGAAUAUACGAUCGGAGAAUCGAAGCAACGAUCCGUUAGUCGACGAUUACGAUUCCGAGAAAUCGAGUUACGCAAAGAAAAAGCUAAUGAAGAACAUCGCUAGGAAUACGAAUAACAAACGAGUUGAGAACUACUUCUACGAUGAUGCAGUAUUGCAUUUCGACGACGAAUACGCAUUCGAUGGAUCGAUAUUAUUCGCUAAGAGGAGAAAAUCGAUUGAGGGUAACUGGGAGGAGUUUACGUGUGAAUUGCCGAAGAAUUCGAUAUACGAUCAAGUUUCGAACGACGGUAGCUACGGCUACUACUUGCCUGAUGAUGAACAGGAACAGUACUUCGUGAAUGAUACCCUCACUUUCAACUUACCGCCCCACCGAGCGAGUAUAUAGUGACGUGUAUUAGGUUAGUCUUAAAAGGGCCAAUUAAUAUAAAAAAGACUUGAAUUUUGCGGUAGUUAACGAUUCGAUCUA